AUGUUGCUCAAGCCCGCCACGCCUCUGACCAUCUUACUAUUGGUCGCAUUUGCGCUACUCCUGAUAUCCUGCCUGUCGACCCCAGUUGUAAAAGGAAUUCCACUCGCGACAUACAGCAAUGUUGAUUAUGGCGUCUUUGGCUACUGCCAAGGCGACAAAUGCACCGCGAUCCAUGUCGGAUACACCUCUUUCCCUUCGGACAGCAGCUCGAAUGAUGAUUUCAAUCUCCCAUCGAGCACCCGCAAAUCCCUUUCAUCGAUCUUGAUCGUCCAUCCGAUCGCUGCGUUCUUAACCCUCGUCUGUCUCUGUCUGGCCGGCUCCGCUCACUUUCACGGCCCCUCCCACUCGCCGCGAUUUCUACUCGCCCUUCUCAUUCUCUUGCUCCCAACUCUGCUGGUGACGCUACUUGCCUUCUUAGUCGAUAUCUUACUGUUCGUCCCACAUAUGCGAUGGGGUGGGUGGAUUGUGCUGGCCUCAACCAUCAUUCUCGUCUCAUGCGGGGUGGUGACUUGCGCGAUGCGUCGAACCUUGGUCAGUCGGAAAGCAAGGAAGCGUCGAAUCGCUGAAAAUGCGGAGAUGAGCGGCGAGAACUAUUACAAUCGACAGAAUGCUGCCGCCGCAGCCCUCGCUAACGAACCUGUUACUGCCGAGACUAAAGAAGCCAUCGUGUCUGGGUCUCCGACUUCGGAAUCUGGCCCUACCUUUGCUGCAUUCCGCACAGAAACCCGUACCAGCGACGAUGAUCGGACCCCGCUAAACUCUCAGAAUGGAAUGAGUGAUAUCCCACCACCCCCAGAUGCUCAAUACCCCAGUCGACAUGGCACUCCCUACCGCGCACCUCGGGAUGAUGCGGGUAUGCCGCCUUCUGGUCAGUACGGCAAUAGCCAAAUGAUGCGCAAUCCCUCCGAUCCUCGGUUACGCCCGCAGUACUCAGAUGGCAGCAUGGGCUCUAGACGUGGAGGAGGCCCGCCUGGGUUUGCUGUGCGCGGUCGAGGAGGGUAUCCUCCUCGGGGUGGCUAUGGACGCGGUGGACCGUACAUAGGAGCGCCGCGCGGCCCUGCUGGUCCUCGAGGAGGCUACAUGGGAGGACCAAUGCCCUCGCGCGGUCGUGGGGCCAUGAUGUCUAGUCGGGGCGCACCCCGUGGUGCUCCAGGCUAUGCCUCUGGACCGAAUCGCAGCUUUGAUUCAUAUGGCCGACCUGAAGAUGAUCCAUACGAUCAGCAAGGCCUGGGAUCGGCUGUUCCAAUGCGUGACCCGUCUCCUGGUCCAAUUGGAAUGGCUGUAUCUUCUGAGCCUAUUGGUCAAGCCAUUGAAAUGCAACCCCAAGCUCGCCAUUAUGACGCGCAUGGAUUGGACCCGUCUAUGCCCAAUGAAUCCCAACCGCAUGCCUUAUCCGUAGAUGGACAAAACGCUCCUCUCGAGAGUCCAACCAGUCUCUACAGUCGGACUGAGUCAUACGUUCCGGCCCGUGCUGGAUGGGGCGCGCAAGACACACGUCGCACACUCUCUCCACGCCCAGGGCCAUCGCCGGUGCACGAGGGUGGUCGUGUUACACAUGGUACCAACUACUAUGAAGACGUCGACCCUCGGUUCGCUCGGCGUCCUUCCCCACAGCAUGAUUCCGCAGUCCCCUCGUCUCUGACUCCUGGCGGAACCCACUUUUGA